AUGGCUAAUCCAGAAUUUAUAUUGGGAAUGACAUUCAUCAAUGCAACAGAAUUUAGAGCUGCUUUGAGAGCUUACUCUGUUAAAAACAAUAGAAACAUUUUCUUUAAAAAGAAUGAGUCUGGUAAAAUUUCUGCAAAAUGUUCUGAUGGAUGUCCAUGGCGUAUAUAUGCCUCUAGAAAGGCACCAGAUGACCCUACCAUCGAGAUAAAAACUUUGGUUGGGAAACAUUCUGAUGAUUGUUUGUUUGUUUAUGCCAAUAAACAUGUCAAAUCUAGGAUGAUUGCCAAAACAUACCUACAUUAUUUAAGAAAACAUCCAGAUGAAUCAGUAGGUGAUUUUAUGGAGAAAAUACAUGAAGAGAUGAAUGUUGAAAUCUCAGUUAGUCAAGUCUAUAGAGUAAAGAGAAUAGCUAAAGAGAUGAUCGAAGGUCACUACAAAGAACAAUAUGCAAAAUUAGAGGACUACUGCGCAGAACUCAAGAAAAAGAAUCCAGGAUCAACUGUAUUGUUAGAAACAAUACCCAAUGAAGAGGAUGGCAAACCUAUUUUUGAAAGAAUUUACAUAUGUCUUGAGCCCUGCAAAAGAAGUUGGAAGGCAGGUUGUAGGCCACUUAUUGGGAUGGAUGGUUGUUUUCUUAAAGGACCAUAUGGUGGUCAACUUUUGACAGCAAUUGGGAUAGAUGUUGAUAAUGGUAUGUUCCCAAUAGCCUAUGCUGUAGUUGAUGUUGAAGACAAGCAUAACUGGAAGUGGUUUUUGAAUUUGCUAGUGGAUGACUUGCAAAUUAGAAAUCAUGAUAACUUGUGUCUCAUUACAGACAAGCAAAAGGGUUUGGAGGGAGCUAUUUAUGAGAUUGUUCCUCAAGUUGAGCACAGGCAUUGUGUAAGACAUUUGUACAAUAAUUUCAAGAAAGUGCAUAAAGGUUUAUCAUUAGAGACAAGAGUUUGGAAAGCUGCUAAGGCAACUUAUGUAAGUAAGUAUAGAUAUGAGAUGGAUACGUUGGAACAGGAGGACAAAGAAGCUAGAAACUGGUUCAACGAUAAACCACCCAAAUUCUGGAGUAAGUCGCAUUUUAAAACAACAACAAAGUGUGAUAUACUUUUGAAUAAUCUUUGUGAGUCAUUCAAUGGGAUAAAACCAAUUUUAAAGGCAAGGGAGAAACCUAUACUUGGAUUGCUGGAAGGAAUUAGAGUAUACCUGAUGAAAAGAAUGAAUCAAAAGAGGGAGGUGCUCCAGUACCAAGGAAGUUUAUGCCCUCGAAUUCAGAAAUUAGUAGAAGAAAAGAAAAAGGCAGCAUCUGCAUCAAUUCCUACUUGGGCUGGACAAUUUCUAUUUCAAGUAAAAACUAUGUAUGGUGAACAAUUUAGUGUUGACUUGAAUGGGAGAACCUGUUCUUGUAGGGAAUGGGACCUUAUAGGAAUCCCAUGCGCACAUGCAAUAAGCUGCAUAUUCAGUAUACGAGAGAAUCCAGAAAAUUUCAUAAAUGAUUGUUACAAGAAGGCUACUCAAAUGAGGAUUUAUGAGCCAGUCAUUGCUCCUAUGGACGGACCUGAUAUGUGGGAAACUACUGAUCUACUUCCUGUUCAACCUCCUACUUAUGAGCCAAAGAAAGGUAAGUUGAACAAAAAUAGAAGAAAAGAACCUGAUGAAAUUGAAGCCUCCAAGAGAAAAGCUGUUGAGAUGAAAAAACAGAGAAGAGAGAAAAAGAGAAAACAGUCUGCAUCAAAUGACUUGAAUGCAGCAGCCACAAAUGUUACCAAAUUAAGUAAGAAAGGGAGGUUAGGGAGAUGCAGCAAGUGCUUGCAAACUGGUCACAAUAAAACAACUUGCAAGAAGAAUAGCGAUUCUCUGAAUUCAAUAGCUCCACCACAAGCUAUUCCAACAACUCGAGUUUGGCCAGCGGAGGACGGUUCAUCUCAGAUGCCUGCACAAGCUCAAGUUGGCAGUAUUGUGAUAAAUGCUGAGAAGUACAAGUGGAAUGGAAAAAAUUGUAUUAGCUUGCAAAGCCUUCAAAAUACAAGUGUUUCAAUGAAGUCCAACAAUAAGAGCUUUGACAAGGAAGAGAAUAGAAGCAAUUAA